AUGGCCGGCAUACAACCCAAUCCGCUCCCCAACCUCCCCAAGGAGAUUCAUUACAUGAUCCUUGAGAACUAUGUCAACAUGUCCUCGCGCCAAGAUGCUCUGAUUCCUCGUCUCGUUAGCCGCCACUUUGAGGAAGAGACCACGCGACUUAUCUGCCACCGCAUCCAGGGCGAAGCGACAGUGAUCUUUACGGAAAACCGCCAGCCGGAACGCGACGUCUUUGGACGGCAGAUCGGGCGCAGUAUCGUAGUCCCUACUUGGGCACGUGCAUCAAAGGAGCUGAAAAAACGUUUCUUGAAGACGUUCUACGAACGCAUCAGCCUCCAGAAAAGCUACUUCAAGACCUUCAUGGAUGAUAUGUUGGACCUUGUCGCACCCGAUCGUCGAGAAGAACUGCUCCCCGGCUCCUCGACUCUGUCGCUCAUGGUGAGGGACUUGCAUGCGCGUUGGGGCCAAGAGACAAUCUAUCAGACUUUGCAUGCCCUUCUUGCCGAUUACGCCCUGCGUCAUGAGGAUAUCACCGAGUUGAAGUUUGAGCUCGCACACAUCUGGGGCGCCCCUGUGCUUGGCUCAACCAAGUUUGGUAUCAACCUGCUCGAGGUUGCACUGUCCUUGGGAAAGAUCAACAUGGCUCGGUCCAUGGUGCCUUUGGUCCGAACAGAAUUGUUUGAACAACUCUACAACGGAAACCUGUGGCGCACUGCGCACGAGCAAGCCGUUUUCAAUGGUGAUCACGAUGCUCUUGCGGUGAUGAUCGUUUUCGCCGGAGCCACAACCCAGCAAAACGCAACGCUGGUGGUGCGCAGUGCCUUCAAUUGGGCUACAAUGGGAAUGGUAUUGGAGCUCAGCGACACCACCGCACAGUGGCUUCUGGAAAAUUACUCGGCUCACCUCGACGCAGGGGACAUGUAUCACGCCCUAUGGCAAGCAGUCAAAAACAGAAAGGCCCUCCUUGUCCAUAUGCUGCUUUGCUCUGACGCUUUUGACCCAAGCUUCCACCCUGAAGGUCCCGCCCCUCCUCGCCGUGAUCACCUCUCCAACUUGAUGACCGUAGAUCCAGAGCUGCAGGGCUGGGCAGGCCAACGCACCAACAUCCUCAAGCACUUCCUCUACCGCGGUGUGCACUCCGGCAUUGACACGGCGUUGUUCAAGGCCAUUGAACAGGACGACACGGAAGCUUUCGAACUGAUGCUCGACUACAACCAGGCAAUCUCCGAUGGAUCCCAGGCGAACGACUGGACCAUCGAAGGCCGUCUAACCAAGGACCUCCUUGUAGCGGCCAUCUACUUCGGUCAUAGCAAGCUGGUCGAGAUGUUGCUCGCCAGGGGCGUUGAUCGCAGGUUCGGCCAUCCCCGCAAACGCUUCAUGGUCGAGAGUAUUGCCCCCAACACCGUCUCCUAUCUGGACUUCCUCUUCCUGCUGGAUCGCACUAUCCCUGAAGAAAUACCGGGUUGCAAGGCUGUACCCAGUGCACUGGAGUGGCGACUUAGCUCUCUGUCUACCACGCAACGAAUGACCGGCAUCCAGGACAAAUACGGCCUUCUUUCUGGAGUUGAUGUCCUUGUGUGCCGCACCGUUCGUGUCUCAUACACUAUCCAUGAGCUAAUGUAA